AUGGCCGAUCAGAAGAAACCCAGCGCCACCAAACUGGAGAACCGUAAGAAAGCCCGAGAGGCCAGAAUUUCCAAGUUGGAGAACUCAAUGAGCAAGCUCGAGUCUGAGAGAGCCCUGCUAGAGGCUGAGCUCCGUAAAGAAAAGAGUCAGAUGCAGGCUGUGAAAUCCAAGCUGGAGUCUCUGCAAAUGCAGAUUGACCGCCAGCAAUCAAACAUUGAGGUUUUCGUCCAGAUGGAGGAGAUGAUCCGGGAUCACUACAGUAAGUCCAGGGUUCUAGAGCUUCACAGCCUUGCGAGGGUUACGAUUUACUCACAGUGA